CAUGCUACCCGGCGUUACUGGCCUUUCUUUUCCGCUCUGACCUCGGAGUUGUUGGGAGCGUGGAUUUCAUCAUCUAGGCUCACCGUAGCAUCAAAAUGAGCGUCCCGGCGUUUAUCGAUAUAACUGAAGAGGACCAGGCUUCAGAGCUGAGGGCCUACAUCAAGUCCAAAGGAGCGGAUAUCUCAGAAGAGAACGCCGAAGGUGGACUCCAUGUUGAUUUGGCUCAGAUCAUCGAGGCCUGUGACGUCUGUCUGAAGGAUGAGGAUAAAGAUGUGGAGAGCGUGAUGAACAGCAUCGUUUCCCUGCUGUUGAUCCUGGAGCCGGAGAAGCAAGAAGGCUUGAUCGAAAGUCUCUGUGAGAAGCUGGUGAAGUUUCGCGAAGGAGAGCGACCCUCCCUCAGGCUGCAGCUGCUGAGCAACCUGUUCCAUGGCAUGGACGAGAACACUCCAGUGAGGUACACGGUCUUCUGCAGCCUCGUCAAGGUGGCUGCAACCUGUAACGCCAUUUCUUUCAUCCCCACUGACCUUGAUCAGGUGCGUAAGUGGAUUGCUGACUGGAACCUGAACAUAGAGAAGAAGCACACGCUUCUGAGGCUGGUGUAUGAAGCACUGGUGGACUGCAAAAAAAGUGAUGCUGCAGCAAAGGUGAUGGUGGAGCUGCUGGGAAGUUACACCGAAGACAAUGCCUCCCAGGCCCGCGUCGAUGCCCACAGAUGUAUUGUUCGCGCCCUCAAAGACCCCAACACGUUCCUGUUUGACCACCUGCUCACCCUGAAGCCGGUGCGCUUUUUGGAGGGAGAACUCAUCCAUGAUCUAUUAACCAUCUUUGUGAGUGCAAAACUAGCAGCAUAUGUCAAAUUCUACCAGAGUAACAAAGACUUCAUUGACUCUCUUGGCCUCUCUCACGAGCAGAACAUGUCCAAGAUGCGUCUGCUGACGUUCAUGGGCAUGGCGGUGGAGUUCAAAGAAAUCUCCUUCGACACCAUACAGCAGGAGCUGCAGAUCGGAGCGGAUGACGUCGAGGCUUUCGUCAUUGACGCUGUUCGGACCAAAAUGGUGUAUUGCAAAAUUGACCAGACACAGCGAAAAGUGGUUGUAAGCCACAGCACACACCGCACCUUUGGCAAGCAGCAGUGGCAGCAGCUGUACGACACCCUCAGCUCCUGGAAGGCAAACCUCGCAACCGUCAAGACCAGCCUGCAGACCUUGUCACCUUCUGCGUAGUUCCAGCCCGGCCCCGACUCCCCCGAUCUUCACGGCUUUACAGAUUCUCAAGACUGAAAAGAUCCGUUUUUAUAUUCGUCAAAUAAAAGCAAAGUGAAGGUGA